GUAUGCACUGCAGAGGCUCUGCAGCGCGCCGGGCACCAGCUCUCCGCAUCCUGCGACCCUAGAGCGCACCGAGCCGCCGGCCGCCAUGGCCACGCUGCCAAGCGCAGAGCGCCGCGCCUUUGCGCUCAAGAUCAACAGGUAUUCUUCAGCCGAAGUAAGGAAACAGUUCACUCUCCCACCAAACCUUGGCCAGUACCACCGACAGAGCAUAAGCGCCUCUGGCUUCCCUUCGCUUCAGCUACCUCAGUUUUAUGACCCCGUGGAGCCGGUGGACUUUGAAGGACUUCUGAUGACACACCUCAACAACCUGGAUGCUGAGCUGGCCCGGGAGCUGGGAGACUUCACGGAUGAUGAGUUGGAUGUGGUGUUCACGCCAAAGGAAUGCAGGACUCUGCAGCCCUCUUUGCCGGAGGAAGGGGUUGAACUGGACCCUCACGUCAGGGACUGUGUGCAGACUUACGUUCGGGAGUGGUUCAUCGUGAAUGGGAAGAACCAGGAAAGUUCAGACGCUUGCAGCUUUAAGAAGACUGGCUCCCGAAAAGAAAUCUGUCUUCAGAAACAAACUUUUGAAUCAGAGACUGUGGAGACUGCUGAACCCACCGCUCAGACGGCCCCCCGCCACCUGAACGUGCUGUGUGACGUGUCCGGCAGAGGCCCCCUCACUGCCUGUGACUUUGACCUUCGCAGCCUGCAGCCUGACCCGCGGCUGGAACACCUUUUGCAACACGUGAGCUCCGAGGACUUUGAGAAGCGGAAUGAGGAGGCCCGGAGGACCAAUCGGCAGGCCGAGCUCUUUGCUCUCUACCCAUCAGUGGACGAGGAGGACGCUGUGGAGAUACGUCCAAUUCCAGAAUGUCCUAAAGAACAUCUAGGCAACAGGAUAUUGGUCAAGGUGCUGACGCUGAAAUUUGAAAUUGAAAUUGAGCCUCUGUUCGCCAGCAUCGCCCUCUAUGAUGUCAGAGAAAGGAAGAAGAUCUCCGAAAACUUUCACUGCGACCUGAAUUCUGACCAGUUCAAAGCAUUUCUUCGCGCUCACACACCGUCGGUUGCGCCAUCGAGUCAGGCCAGAUCUGCAGUCUUCUCUGUCACCUACCCGUCCCCAGACAUCUACCUCGUGGUCAAGAUUGAGAAAGUCCUUCAGCAAGGGGAGAUUGGAGACUGCGCAGAACCCUACAUGGUUAUCAAGGAAAGUGACGGUGGGAAGAGUAAAGAAAAGAUUGAAAAAUUAAAACUUCAAGCUGAAUCCUUUUGCCAGCGCUUAGGGAAAUACCGGAUGCCCUUUGCCUGGGCUCCCAUCAGUUUAGCAAGCUUCUUCAAUGUCUCCACCCUUGAAAGGGAGGUAGCCGAUGCGGAGCCCGUGACUGGAAGAAGCUCUGUGGGUGAACGCAGGACUUUGUCCCAGUCCAGAAGACUUUCUGAAAGGGCCUUCUCCUUGGAGGAGAAUGGCGUUGGCUCCAACUUUAAGACCAGCACCAUGACCGUUAACAACUUUUUCAAGCAGGAGGGGGAUCGGCUCAGCGACGAAGACUUGUUCAAGUUCUUAGCCGACUACAAAAGGUCCUCGUCCCUACAGAGGAGAGUCAAGUCGAUCCCAGGCGUGCUCCGACUGGAGAUCUCUUCAGCUCCAGAGAGCAUCCCCGGCUGCGUGACACCUGAGAUGCUGCCCGUGAGGCCGUUUCCCGAAAGCCGGACACGUCUACACAAAGAGAUUCUGGAAUUUCCGAUCCGAGAAGUGUAUGUCCCUCAUACUGUGUACAGAAAUGUGCUCUAUGUCUACCCCCAGAGACUGAACUUUGCCAACAAACUGGCUUCUGCCAGGAACAUCACGAUCAAGAUCCAGUUCAUGAGUGGAGAGGAUGUUAGCAGUGCGAUGCCGGUCAUCUUCGGAAAAUCCACGGGCCCUGAAUUUCUGCAGGAAGUGUACACGGCCAUCACAUACCAUAACAAGUCUCCCGACUUCUAUGAAGAAGUGAAAAUUAAGCUCCCUGCGAAGCUGACUGUGAAUCAUCACCUCCUGUUCACCUUCUAUCACAUCAGCUGCCAGCAGAAGCAAGGAGCCUCCGUGGAAAGCCUCCUGGGGUACUCCUGGCUGCCAAUCCUCUUAAAUGAACGUCUUCAAACUGGAUCCUUCUGCCUCCCAGUUGCCUUGGAGAAGCUGCCACCCAACUACUCCAUGCACUCGGCGGAGAAAGUGCCUUUACAGAAUCCGCCCAUCAAGUGGGCCGAAGGCCAUAAGGGAGUGUUUAAUAUUGAAGUGCAAGCGGUUUCUUCUGUUCACACACAGGACAACCACCUGGAGAAGUUCUUCACCCUGUGCCACUCGUUGGAGAACCAGGUGACUUUCCCCAUCCGCGUGCUGGAUCAGAAGAUCAGCGAGACGGCCCUGGAGCACGAACUGAAGCUUAGCAUCAUCUGCCUCAACUCCUCCCGCCUCGAGCCGCUUGUGCUCUUCCUGCACCUGGUGCUGGACAAGCUCUUCCAGCUGUUGGUGCAGCCUAUGGUCAUCGCAGGCCAGACAGCCAACUUCUCCCAGUUCGCUUUUGAGUCCGUGGUGGCCAUCGCCAACAGCCUACACAACAGCAAAGACCUCAGCAAAGACCAGCACGGCCGGAACUGCCUGCUGGCCUCCUACGUACACUAUGUCUUCCGCCUGCCAGAGCCGCCAAAGGACUUGCCCAAGACAGGCGGUAGCGCUGCCCUCCCUGACCCUCGCUACCACACCUACGGCCGCACGUCUGCCGCUGCCGUGAGCUCAAAGCUGCUGCAGGCUCGGGUGAUGAGCAGCAGCAACCCGGACCUGGCGGGGACGCACUCAGCCGCCGACGAGGAAGUCAAAAACAUCAUGUCUUCCAAGGCUGCUGACCGCACCUGCAGCCGUAUGUCUUACUACUGCUCUGGCAACAGUGAUGGUCCAAGUUCUCCUGCCGCCUCGAGGCCCGCCAACAAAAAGCACUUCCACGAGGAGCUUGCCCUGCAGAUGGUGGUCAGCACGGGGAUGGUGCGAGAAACUGUCUUCAAGUACGCUUGGUUCUUCUUCGAGCUUCUGGUAAAAAGCAUGGCCCAGCACGUACACAACCUGGACAAAGGAGACAACUUCCGGAGGACUCGUUUUUCCGACCGUUUCAAAGAUGACAUAACCACUAUUGUGAAUGUGGUCACGUCAGAGAUCGCAGCCCUUUUGGUCAAGCCUCAGAAGGAAAAUGAACAGGCGGAGAAGAUCAACAUCAGCCUGGCUUUCUUCCUCUAUGACCUUCUGUCGCUCAUGGACCGUGGCUUUGUGUUUAACCUCAUCAAACACUACUGCAACCAGCUGUCAGCCAAGCUCAACAGCCUUCCCAUGCUCAUUUCCAUGAGGCUGGAGUUCCUGAGGAUCCUGUGUAGCCACGAGCAUUACCUCAGCCUGAACCUCCUCUUCAUGAACGUUGACACUGCUCCAACAUCCCCUUGUCCCUCCGUAUCUUCCCAGAACUCAAGCUCCUGCUCCAGCUUCCAGGACCAGAGGAUUGCCAGCAUGUUCGACCUGACCCCGGAGUACCGCCAGCAGCACUUCCUCACCGGGCUCCUCUUUACAGAGCUGGCUGCCGCUCUGGAUGCCGAAGGGGAAGGCAUCAGCAAGGUGCAGAGGAAGGCGGUCAGUGCCAUGCACAGCCUGCUAAGUUCUCACGACCUGGACCCGCGUUGUGUCAAACCGGAGGUCAAGGUCAAAGUUGCUGCCCUCUACCUGCCUUUGGUCGGCAUCAUUUUGGACGCCUUGCCUCAGCUCUAUGAUUUCACAGCUGCUGAUGCCCGCAGUGGGAAAAACCGUACCAGUGGCUCGGAUGAAGAACAGGAAGGGGCCAGUGCGAUCAACCAGAAUGUGGCCCUGGCCAUAGCCGGCAAUCAUUUCAACGUGAAGACAGGUGGAACCAUGCUCUCCUCCUUGCCCUAUAAGCAGUACAACGUGCUGAGUGCCGACACCACCCGCAACCUCAUGAUUUGCUUCCUCUGGAUCAUGAAAAAUGCAGAUCAGGGUCUCAUCCGGAAGUGGAUUGCCGACUUGCCCUCCAUGCAGCUCAACAGGAUUUUGGACCUACUUUUCAUCUGCGUCUCAUGUUUCGAAUACAAGGGAAAACAGAGUUCUGACAAAGUCAGUACGCAAGUGCUGCAGAAAUCGCGGGACGUCAAGGCCCGGCUGGAGGAGGCUCUGCUCCGUGGCGAGGGGGCCCGAGGGGAGAUGAUGCGUCGCUGUCGCACUACAGGGAAUGACCGAGUUACAGGCCUCAAUGAAAAUUUGAGAUGGAGAAAGGAGCAGACGCAUUGGCGGCAAGCUAAUGAGAAGCUAGAUAAAACAAAGGCCGAGUUAGAUCAUGAAGCCCUGCUCAGUGGCAAUCUGGCUACAGAAGCAAAUUUGAUCAUCCUGGACAUGCAGGAAAAUAUUAUCCAGGCGAGCUCGGCUUUGGACUGCAAGGACAACCUGCUGGGAGGUGUCUUGAGGGUCCUGGUGAAUUCUCUGAGCUGCGACCAGAGCACCACUUACCUGACUCACUGCUUUGCGACACUGCGCGCGCUCAUUGCCAAGUUUGGAGACUUGCUGUUCGAGGAGGAGGUGGAACAGUGCGCAGACCUGUGUCAGCGAAUUCUGCACCAUUGCAGCAGUAGCAUGGAUGUCACCCGGAGCCAGGCCUGCGCCACCCUCUACCUCCUCAUGAGGUUCAGUUUUGGAGCCACCAGCAACUUUGCAAGAGUGAAGAUGCAGGUAACCAUGUCUCUGGCAUCCUUGGUGGGCAAAGCACCGGACUUUAAUGAGGUGCACCUGAGAAGAUCCCUGAGGACAAUUCUGGCCUAUUCGGAAGAGGACCUGGACAUGCAGGCAACACCUUUUCCAACCCAGGUGGAGGAACUCCUGUGCAAUCUCAAUAGCAUCUUAUACGACACCGUGAAGAUGAGGGAGUUUCAGGAGGACCCUGAGAUGCUUAUGGACCUCAUGUACAGAAUCGCCAAGAGCUACCAGACGUCUCCUGACCUACGGCUGACCUGGCUCCAGAACAUGGCGGAGAAACACACGAAGAAAAAAUGCUACACCGAGGCUGCCAUGUGCCUGGUGCACGCGGCCGCGCUCGUGGCCGAGUACCUGAGCAUGUUAGAGGACCACAGCUACCUGCCUGUGGGCAGCGUCAGCUUUCAGAAUAUCUCCUCCAACGUGCUGGAGGAGUCAGCGGUGUCCGAUGACACUCUGUCACCAGAUGAGGACGGGGUGUGUUCUGGGCGCUACUUCACCGAGAGCGGCCUGGUGGGGCUCCUGGAGCAGGCAGCGGAGCUCUUCAGCACGGGAGGCCUGUAUGAGACGGUGAAUGAGGUCUACAAGCUGGUCAUCCCCAUCCUGGAAGCGCACCGCGACUUCCGGAAGCUGACCUGCACGCACGACAAGCUGCAGAAGGCCUUCGACAACAUCCUCAGCAAGGAUCACAAGAGAAUGUUUGGAACCUACUUCCGAGUCGGUUUCUACGGAUCCAAAUUUGGGGAUCUGGACGAACAGGAAUUUGUUUACAAAGAGCCUGCAAUUACCAAGCUACCCGAGAUCUCACAUCGACUAGAGGCAUUUUACAGCCAGUGUUUCGGUGCGGAAUUUGUAGAAGUGAUAAAAGACUCCACUCCUGUGGACAAAACCAAGUUGGACCCUAAUAAGGCCUACAUCCAGAUCACCUUUGUGGAGCCCUAUUUCGACGAGUACGAGAUGAAAGACAGGGUGACACACUUUGAGAAGAACUUCAACCUGCGGCGGUUCAUGUUCACCACUCCCUUCACGCUGGAGGGCCGGCCCCGUGGGGAGCUGCACGAACAGCACAGGAGGAACACGGUGCUCACCACCACGCACGCCUUCCCCUACGUCAAGACCCGCAUCCGCGUCAUGCACAAGGAGGAGUUUGUUUUGACACCAAUUGAAGUCGCCAUUGAAGAUAUGAAGAAGAAAACCCUUCAGCUGGCGGUUGCCGUUAACCAGGAGCCCCCUGAUGCGAAGAUGCUACAGAUGGUACUGCAAGGCUCUGUAGGCGCCACAGUGAACCAGGGACCAUUGGAAGUUGCCCAAGUGUUCUUGGCCGAAAUUCCAGCCGACCCAAAGCUCUAUCGACAUCACAACAAGCUGAGAUUAUGCUUCAAGGAAUUCAUAAUGCGAUGCGGUGAAGCCGUGGAGAAAAACAAACGCCUCAUCACGGCGGACCAGAGGGAGUAUCAGCAAGAACUGAGGAAGAACUACAACCGGCUCAGGGAGAGCCUCCGGCCAAUGAUCGAGCGGAAAAUUCCAGAGCUCUACAAGCCCCUUUUCCGAGUGGAGAGUCAGAAGAGGGAUUCUUUCCACAGAUCUAGUUUCAGGAAAUGUGAGACCCAGCUGUCACAGGGCAGCUAAGAAAAAGCUACCUUCACUCCGGAGACUGAGACACGGAAGGACAGAACAAACAGCGCCUACCAAAACAGCCACGUGCCUUCCGGGCCUGAACACACACUCCUCAAGCAGCCAGCUUUGGGCUCCAAGAGCCCAUGGAAUGACCCCCAAAUAAACUCAGACUGGGGCUAUUCUAGGCUGUGGGGUGGAGGAUGGGUUACCAGGGGUUCCCAUGUAUUUAUUCAAGGGGCUCAUCCUAUUGUACAGAACAAACAUGAUUAUCCUGUGCUGUGUGUGGUCGAGUCACUGUCACUUUCAGUAGUGACUGCCUCUGGCCCGCAGCUGAUUUUUGCAGAAUGAACUCCAGUGACCCAAGGAUCACUGGAAAAGUUGAAGGUUGGACUCAAGAGAACACGUUUCCAUGAGCCCUUAACAGAGGUCUUGCUCAAAAUGGGAAAGUCAGGAUGACCGCAACUUUGGGAAUAGAUGGUUGAUGGGUUUAUUCUGCACUGGGUCACGGUGGGCUACUUGUGUCCUAGCGAUCUUUGCUUUAUUGUUACUGUCCCUUUCAAAUGCGCCUGGAGAGGGGCUCACCCCUGCGCAGUGAUUGCACAGAGCCACGGUACGCUGAACAGUGAUGGAAGCCACAUUCAACCGAGCCAUUCUGCAUGACAGCACCUGCUUCCUUAGGCUCACCCACCUUCCUCCUGCUCCUCUCUGGGCCCAAGGUUGUUUUUAUACAAAGAUAGCAUUUCUGCUCUCAUUUCAGAUCGCUGAGCUAUCCCUCAGGACGUGUCCGUCAGCUGUAAAACGCACUGAGUUUGGGAGUGUUCGGACGAUGUGCAAGGGCAAAGAUAAAGUUAUUAUUUGAGAGAAUUAAAUUAUAUAUUUUUAACAUGACCUUAAUAUUAAAACAUACAAUCAGAA